UUCUCCACGGAAGCGAAAGCAUCGUGAAAUAGUUGCACCAAAAAACUCUGAUUAUGGAGUAUCUGCUAUUCAGGGAACAUUAUCCACUGCGGAAAUAGAAUCUGAAUCGAAAAGAAUUUUACUUUCAUUACAGGUUUUUUGAUCCACUGUAACCUUACCCUUAGGGUUGGUUUCUAGAACGAAAGUUAAAGUUAACGAAUCGCUAUCUCUAGUGUUGUCCUUGUUUUUCACACAUGGUAAACAAGAACAGCACACAGAUACAUCCAAAAUAUCGGAACGACUACUUUCUAGAAAUCGAGCAUAAAAGUAUCUUCACAAUCUCUACAAUUUGUAUGUAACUAACUAUGUAUACUAGAUAGGAACUAACAACGUAGUAUAUGUUGUGUUUGUCUACAUAUAGUAUAAUAUUAAUCGUGUAAGUAAUGUUUGAUAUAUCUGUUUAGUAUAAAUUCUGAUGGGUACGUAAAUAUCACCAAUAUAUCUAAUAUAGAAUAAUGGAUUAUACAUGAAAUUUAUAUAUUAUAGGUAACAAAAGAUCAACGUGACCAAAUAGCGAACACCACUACGGAGCAAUAUAAUUCGCAAAUGUACGUAAACGAAAAAAGUAAACGGUUAACAGCAUCAAAUUUUGGUCUUGUUGUGAAGAGACGAGAUACAACCAGUCCACGAUGUUUGUUAAAUCGUUUACUUUCUUGCCGUAAAUUUAGAAGCCCAGCAAUGUCAUACGGUACUGAAAAAGAAUCGGUGGCACGUAGUCGUUUUGAAAGGGAAUACGAUUUAGUUGUUUCUCCUGCUGGUUUGUUUAUCGAUUUGAAAUAUGGAUUUCUUGGAGCUUCUCCUGAUGGUCUCGUAGGAAGUGAAUGCAUCAUAGAAAUUAAAUGUCUGUAUGGCGUACAUAAGGCAGGGCAAUCUUUAGAAGAAGCCGUGAUAAACAAAAAAGAUAUGUGCCUUGAAAUUGUGGAUAAUGGUAUGCGGUUGAAAAGAAACCACAAUUAUUUUUAUCAGAUACAAGGGCAAUUAAAUAUAUGUGGAAAGAAACGAUGCUAUUUGAUUAUAUAUAUUAACGAUAAAGAACCACUCUUUGUGGAAAUUAUUGAACGCGAUGAAAACAUAUGGGAAAGUAACAUAUUGCCAAAACUGAUUUCUUUUUAUAAAUCACACAUGCUUCCCGAGAUAAUCAACCGCACCGUAUCAAACGUCCGUACAUAGCUUGCAAAAAGAAGAGAGAAAUGUCAACUUUUUUUGUUAGGUAUUCUAAUGUAGUAUUCCACAGUGAUAUAGAAACUAUAAGUGAAGGUGAGGACGGUUAUUGAAAAUCCUUUAAAAUGAGUCCAAACUCGAUAGGUUUCUCUUUAAA